AUGGCUCAACUUUCAUCUCAAGGCAACAACGCUAUAAUCUACUUGACUUAUGCCUUUCUUCUUGCCACAGGCUUAUUGCUUGCAUGGAAGUUUGGCAACAAGAAUAACUUUUUGGCUUCCAAUGGAACCCAAAGCGGACUUCCUUUGGCUGUCAACUUCAUUGCUUCAGGUACGUAUUAA